GGAGACUUGCUGCCACUGAGAACAGAGCUCUUACCAGCAGCACAUCCGUAUCUCCACUGCUUUUGUGCUGCUGCACAACUAAUUUGUCUCAGCUUUGGAAGGUGAAAACAAUUUUUGUGUUCCUGGGAGCAGAGUUACUUCAAGGUUCAAAAUGAAGAGAAAUAGCCUGCCCUUCUGCUGCUUCUCCCUUUGGUUGGUUUUCACAGCAGUGAUACUUCAAGGUGUGGAGUCUGCACAAGGAAAAUAUGCUCAAAUGCUAUUCAAUGAACUGUUUGAAGACUACUCAAAUGCUCUGAGACCAGUGGAAGACACAGAUAAAGCACUGAAUGUCACCCUUCAGAUCACACUGUCCCAAAUUAAAGAUAUGGAUGAAAGAAAUCAAAUUUUGACUGCGUAUUUAUGGAUUCGACAAAGUUGGUAUGAUGCAUAUCUCAAGUGGGACAAAGAUGAAUAUGAUGGGUUGGAUUCUAUCAGGAUUCCUAGCAACCUGGUAUGGAGACCAGACAUUGUCCUGUAUAAUAAGGCUGAUGAUGACUUUUCAGAACCAGUGAACACAAAUGUAGUAUUGAGAUAUGAUGGAAAAAUUACUUGGGACGCACCGGCUAUAACAAAGAGCUCAUGUGUGGUGGAUGUUUCUUAUUUUCCCUUUGAUGACCAGCAGUGUAACCUUACCUUUGGUUCCUGGACCUACAAUGGUAAUCAGGUAGACAUAAUCAAUGCUUUGGACAGUGGAGAUCUAUCUGACUUUAUAGAAGAUGUGGAGUGGGAGAUUCAUGGGAUGCCAGCUGUUAAGAAUGUAAUCACGUACGGCUGCUGCUCUGAGCCGUAUCCAGAUAUUACAUUCACACUGAUCUUGAAAAGGAGGUCUUCCUUCUAUAUAUUUAACCUGCUCCUCCCUUGUGUUUUGAUCUCUUUCCUGGCUCCACUGGGAUUCUACCUUCCUGCAGACUCUGGGGAAAAAGUGUCACUUGGUGUUACAGUUCUGCUUGCUCUCACUGUAUUUCAGCUAAUGGUUGCAGAGAGCAUGCCUCCUUCUGAAAAUGUGCCCUUGAUAGGCAAAUAUUACAUAGCAACUAUGACAAUGAUCACAGCAUCCACUGCACUGACCAUCAUUAUAAUGAAUAUCCACCACUGUGGAGCAGAAGCCCAACCUGUUCCACAAUGGGCCAGGGUGGUUAUUUUGGACUACAUGUCAAAGAUCUUUUUUGUUUAUGAUGUGGGUGAAAAUUGUACAAGUCCACAAAGAGUAAAAACACAAGAACAUAAAUUAAGGAAGGAUUUUAAGUAUCAGAAAAAGCAGGACAGACACAAAGUGGUGACCAGUCAACUUUCCAGGAAUAGAAACAAUGACAGUGACCUAAAGAAGAAGCUGAAUGGACAUUUAAAUAACAGUAAUGGAAUUCAAUGUGAAAAUGCUAAGGAUGCAGUUAACUGCUGCUCCUGUUAUAAAGUACUGAUAAAGAAUAUUGAGUAUAUUGCUAAUUGCGUUAGAGACCACAAAGCAAACCGCGCUAAAGGAAUUGAGUGGAAAAGGGUAGCAAAAGUGAUGGACAGAUUCUUCAUGUGGAUUUUUUUUAUUAUGGUCUUUUUCAUGAGUUUCCUGAUUAUUGGCAAAGCAAUUUAACUGAAGAUAUUAGAGUGUAUUUAUUUUUAUGUAUGUUGAAAUGUUUAGCUAGUUUGCCUUGAUGGUACUUUGUUUCUGAGGGAUGUAUCUGAGGUUUCUGUAUCUUUAAUUCUGUAAAAACAUACACAAUAAUUUGAGAUUGCU